UCUGACCGCGAAGAGUAAUCUAAUAAUAAAUAAUAGUAUCUUAAGGUAUCUUUAGUUGAACGGUUUUACAAAAAAAGUAAAAGCUGGUUACGAAAAUAACCAGACGUUAAUCGUGAGCAGAAGCAGCAGCAGCAGGUUACGUAGACAAGAAUCCACAAUGCAACGUGAUGGCUAGUGUCGCUUAGAGCACGUUUCUUCUCAGUUACUACUGUGCGUUUGGUAUCAAUCAGACGUUCAAUCGCGCUUCGUCCAGAUACUGCCUCGAUGUUGUGCUGCGUGUCGAAAAAGGCCGCCGAGGGAUCUGUUCUGAAGAAACCUCCUUUGUCGCGGUCGUCUUCUUCAUCUUCGACGUCGACUUUGACUUCCUUGAAAUUGCCAGCCAGCCAGCUGAUUAUCAACGACCUCAAAUCGUACGAUGAGGUACUGGAACUGCUGCCCUGUUUGAUAUGCGGCAGAACAUUCAAGCCCCAGUCGUUGGAGAAGCACACGAAAAUUUGCGAGCGAGCGGCGAUAAAAAAACGCAAGCCUUUUGACUCUUUUAAGCAGCGACUUCAGGGAACUGAGCUGGAGGAAUACUUGCCGAAAGUUAUCACUAAAAAAGAUGUGCGCCCGGAAGAUAAAUUUCGAAAUAGAAAUACCUGGAAGCAGACUCAUGAUGAAUUUUUGAAAACUAUUCGCGCUGCUCGAGGAGAUACUGUUGCAACGAGCUCGCAGUAUCGGCAAGUAACAACUGUAGCUCCCGGAGCUCCAACACGUGCCAACGAAAAAGGACUCUGUCCAACAUGCAAUCGCCAAUUUGGAAUCAAGGCUUACGAUCGUCAUGUCGCUUGGUGCAAGGAACGAAUAAUGAGAGCUCCGGCGAGUCAGGCUACAAAUGUUGCGAAAGAACGUCUCGAUGCGAGGAUGAAGUACCGGGCGCCGUUGCUCAAGAGUCGCCGGAUGACAAACAGGGAAAAAUAUGCUCCGAGGAAAAAUAAUAUUACUCAAAACAUCAAUAAUAAUAACAAUAACAAUUUUAUUAGUAAUAAUAAUCGUAAUAGCAACAAUACGAACUCGAUAAAUUUAGAGCUUAAAAAGGAUGCGAGUGGAUUGAAAACGACGGAUCCUGUGAACAUAAAACAGCCAGCAGUUACUGAAAGAAGAAGCGGACAUGGAAAAAGCGACGGAGUCAUUGCACCCGGGCCUGUGAAAUCGCGACCGUCUGACCGAUCUACUAAGAGCUGUGGCCAAGAUUUUCACCCAGCGUGGACGAAUUACGUACGCAGACAUCCGGACUUUAAUCUUGUGCUAACAAGUAGAACAGGAAUAUGUCAGGACUACGAUCCAUAUUUAUUAGCAGAGCAGCAACUUACUGACCUUCUGUCAGACACAUGCAGUGACAAAUCAUAUAUGGACUCCCCGUUGAAUCGCUACGGCAUUAAACCCACAUCCUCACAGUCCACUUCAUCAUCAUCACCACUCUAUCCUCUAACCCACUCAUCAGCAUUCGUUAAAUACCCCAAUUCUCUUAAUUUAGACAACGCGAGCAGUCCAGAGAAGCGAGGCUCGGUGGUGGCUCCGCCGUCAGAGUUCGACGACCUGUCAAUAGGUUUCUCGUCCUCGGACUCCACGGAAGCAAACUCGAUAUCCCGAGAAUUAUUCGCCGAGCUCGAGUCGGCCUGUCGCCGUGAAGACCAGGCCAACAAAAACAAAACGAGCCAUUCUGGCACGAAUCAUGUUCUGGGUCGGCGAAUGAUCAUCGACAAAGCGAGAGCUCUGGGGACGACGACUGACGACUCUCUGGACCCAAAUUCGAACAGACGAGUAGUGACCUCGACUGACAAAUCGCGCAAGGUCGUCGAAAAAACUACCGUGAAACCCAUAAGACCAAUGGUCACCAGGUCAAACUCCGUACGCGCUGCCUCUGCGCCGAAAAUCCCCGAGCGCAAAGAGACGGCCAAGGCCAACUCGAGGUCGAGCCCGGGCACGAGGUUUAAUAAUCAAAGGAAUAAUUUCAGCAAUCUCAGUGGAAGCAAUUUGAGCUUAAGCUCGAUCGUUUCUUCUGAGAUUGAUGUAAAGAGGUCGAACUCGAUGUUCGACGACCUUGUAAGCUCCUUCGACGAUGACUCAGGUUCGUAUCCUUCCUUGAGAUCCUUUUUAAAAAACGAUCCUUUGUCCAUGUCCAGUCCUGUCCAGCCCAGUCGGACCCGCAAUGGCCAGAUCAGUGAUGAAGAUUUGUCCUCGCCUGAUAGCUUCAAGAAACAGGAAUGCAGCAAAUUGAGCGCUGACUCUGCUUACAGCAGCUUGAAUCGAAAAUAUUCAAAUGGCCGCAGUGAAACAACAGGAAGAUUGGAGGAAGAAACAUCGCUGCUGCGUCGCCGUGAAAAUGAAAUAAUCUCGAAUUUAAAAUCAAAAAUGUCUAAAUUUUGCCAUGAAUGCGGCACUAAAUUUCCUGAAACUGCCAAAUUCUGCUGUGAGUGCGGUAUCCAGAGACUCGCUCUGUGACAAUCGAUUAUUUUAUCACAGAAAAAAAUUUCCACUAUUAAAAUUACAAAUUAAAACGAUAAUUUGGUUUUAAAUAACGCACAUUUUAAUUAUUAUUUUUUUUUUUAUUUGUUGUUAUACAUAUAUACAUUUAUCUUCCGUUGUUAUUAUCAUUAUAUUAUUAUAUAUUAUUUACCAUUAAGAAUGCUUUUAUUGAUUUAUCCACUAAUCUUGUGCUUUUACUCAUUAUAUUGAUUUUUUUUAAUUAUUUUAAGAAGCACUUGAUUUAAACUCUGAUAUUGUGAAGAAAUGACUGAGCUAAAUGAAUGGGUGAUUUUUUACAAACUAUCUUUUAUAUAAAAAUUGAGAUGUAGACUUUAGACUUUAUUAAUUAUUAUUAUAAUUAAAUAAUUGUAUCACUUCCUCUAGAUUUUGAGUGAGAGUAUUUUAAAAUUAGAUUUUAUUGAGCGAGUGUGAUAUAUAAGUAUACUUUGAUGGUUUAUUCAACAUGUAGUGCGCUAGUCUCUCUUGUCAAUUUUUUAUAAGAGAAUGCAUAGUAGAAGCCAUAUUUAAAUUCUAGACUAAUAUAAAUAAAUUUUAGAAUAUAA